UCAUACACAAAACAAAUACUUGCUUGACGUUGACCUCAAACAACAACGUCUUAGUUUGAGCGAAUGCCGAUAUACAGUGGCUCAUAUAUCUCUUAACUCUACAUUUGGUAAAAAAAAUUGUAAGUAUGUCAAAAACCAAAGAAAAACAAACUGGAUUACAUAAAGUCAUUAUGGUGGGAAGCGGUGGUGUUGGCAAAUCUGCUCUUACAUUGCAGUUUAUGUACGAAGAAUUCGUUGAAGACUACGAACCGACAAAAGCUGAUAGUUAUCGGAAAAAAGUGAUGUUGGAAGGCGAAGAAUGUCAAAUUGACAUCCUUGAUACAGCGGGCCAAGAAGAUUAUGCUGCAAUUCGCGACAACUAUUUUCGCAGUGGAGAAGGAUUUUUGUGUGUAUUUUCCAUUACUGAGACUGAAUCGUUUCAAGCCACGGGCGACUUUCGUGAACAAAUUCUUCGAGUUAAAGGCGAUGAGAACAUUCCAUUUUUGUUAGUUGGUAACAAAGCUGAUCUGGAAGAUAAACGUCAAGUUACUCAAGAUGUUGCAAGGAGCAAAGCUGAAGAGUGGAAAGUACCUUACGUUGAAACCAGUGCAAAGACUAAGGAAAACGUUGAUAAAGUGUUCUAUGACCUCAUGCUAGAAAUUCGCUCAAGGAAAAUAGAAGAUGGAAGCAAGACGACCAGUAGACCAAAGAGUAAAAAGAAGAGGAAAUGUUUAAUUCUGUAGAUGAGAAAAUAUUGGUCAGAUAUUUCACUUACUUGAAAUAAUCCCUAUACUUCAUGCUGCAAUGUUGCCCAUAAAAUUACAAAACAACAUGAUAAUGAUAUACUGAGUAAUGUAAUUGCAUCUGUGCCUACAUAAAAGAAAUUAAAGUAACUCUCACACAGCCAUGCUUAAAUUUUUUAAUUAUGAUUUUCUUUAGUUUAUUUUAGAUGUAAUGUCUAAAACAAACUUUAUUUCCCUUUUGCAUUAUAGCAUUGGUUAUUUAAAUUGAUUGUCCAUAGAAAAUAUAUUGCAUUGUCCAGUUAAUUAUUCUGUUAUAAAUUUGAAAAUUGAAUUGUUUUUCAAUGUGUUAAAAUAGCAAAGCUCAAUCUGUGUCAUCACCAAUGACAGAUCUUAUAUUGUGAAAAAUUUAUGAAUAUAUAUUGUUGUAUAAGACAAACAGUAUAUCAUCUCCAUUUUUGAUAUUCUAUUGGUUGUUUAAAAUAUGUAUCUUGCUUCAAA